UUCUCCUACUACUUCCAACAUAAAAAAAUCCAACCACGUAAUAUUAUUCUACUCCAAUUCCAAUAUUUACUUGCCUGCAUAUAAUAAUAAUAAUAAUUUGAAAAAAUGGCGGAAUAUUCAAGAGGAGUGUUGCAAAUUAUCGUUGCCCAGAUUUGUCAAUCUAUAGGCUGGCGUUCAAUUCAUUCAACUCCUUUAGAAUUUAUGGUUGAUCUGUUACACGAGUACUUGUGGCAAUUAGCCCAUAUUUCUCACGAGUAUGCUGGAGUACUUGGACGUACGGAUGUAAAUCUCGACGACGUUGGUCUCGCUUUUCAACAUAUGAAUAUCGAUCUUAAUCAACUCGCAGAGUACGUCGAAAACGUCGGGUCAAUUCCAUGUGCAAUUCAAAUUCCAAAGUACCCGGUACCCCGCGAGGAUCAUUUGAAUUUCAUGAAACCUGGUAGUCGUGAAGUUAUUAAACGUCCGAUGCAUGUUCCUGAAUAUUUACCUCCAAUGUAUGCCAAUCUUGAGGAAUUGUCACCUGUAGAAAAAAAGGAAACAAUAUUUGAAAAUGAUGAAAAUAUAAAUGUAAAUCAGAAUGUAAAUCCGUCCAUUGGUUCGUCAGUUGAGAAUCAAAUGAGUACGGUUAUCAAUAACCAAAUACCUGAGGUAAUAAAACGUCCUGGAGAUACUCUGUUUGACAGUUUUGGUCCAGAUAAACGUAUUAGAAUGAGCGACGAAACUAAAACGUUGCGUGAGAUCCAGAGUGUUAUGAUGACAACAUCAGGUUUCUUGUCCCCGGCACGUGAAGGUAAAUUACCUGAAUCACGUACUCCAGUUCAAAUACGUGCUGAGUCACCGGUAGCAGUUUCAUAUCCGACGAUUCCUUGCGAGGUACAGGGUGAGAAAGUCAAAGAAAAGGAGAAAGAACCAGAAAAAGUCAAGGAAAAGGAAAAAGAAAAGAAAGUGGUUAAAAAAAAAUUGGAUUAUCAAAAAGGAGAGAAGGAAACUAAAAAGAAGAAGGAUCGAGAUCAAGAGUUAUUUAAAGCGGACAAAAUGGUCACCGUCAAACCUAAAAAAGUUAAUGAUGGUAAAAAUGCUGUGCCGAAACCUCCCAAGGGGCCGGUGGGUAGACCGAGAAAAAUUCCACUAAAAGUUCCUGUUGAGAAACCUGCUGUUACUUUUAAUGACAACAUUAAGAAAUUGGCUGUGGAACCCGAUAAACAAAAGCUCAACAUCUUCAAAAAAAUAUCAAAGCCACAAGAGCACAAAAUUCCACAAGUUAUUCCUGAGAUUAAAGCCAAAGAAUUACAGUCACGCGAAAGCUCGCCGGAAAUAAUUGUUGAUGAGAUUGACGACGAGCCAGUCGCGGUAAAAAUUGAUAUUGAUAAAGAUAAAGAAAAAGAAAAAUUGGGGUCAUUACACCCCGGAGCAUCUUCUGGAUCUAAUGCUAUGGAUAUAGAGUUCGUUGAUGUCCAAAGUCCGUCUGAUACAUUUUUGAAUGAAGACAUGUCACCACCUCGUACGCCAACAGUACCUAAGACUCCUGAAAUAAAAGUUCCUGGAAUUUCAACAGAUUCAGAAGUAGUUAGAAAAUUGGAUCGCCCAAAAACACCAGAGUUUAAACCACCAGAGAGUUUGCUUCCAAAGGACACAAUAAUUCCACCUACAAUACCGUUUCCAAUAUUUCCGCCUUUCCCUGCUGGCCCUGGAUUGAUACCGUAUCCAAUAAAUCAUCCAUUGAUUCCACGACUGCCUUUACCGCAGCCACGACUUUUGCCAGAGCCUAUUAAAGUUGAACGCGUUCAAAGCUGCAAUAAAGAAAUUGAAAUAGUUGAUGAAGUUAGGCCACAUCCUAUUGAUAUUUUGCCUCUGCGGACGGGAAUCAGUAAAAUUAGUGAAAGUAUUCCAACUCCGCACCACGAGAUUCAUCAUCCAGUUGCGAAGCCUGAAAAACUUGACAAGAAAUCAAAGAAACAUAAAAUUGAUAAGAAGGAUAAGUCGAAGAAGAAGAAGGAUAAAAAGGAAAAGCAUCGGGAGAAAACUGAUAAAGAGAAAAAAGAGAAACGUAAAGAGAAGAAAGAAAAAGAAAAAGAAGAAAAAGAAAAGGAGAAGGAAAAAGAAAAAGAAAAGGAGAAGGAAGUUGAAAACACAAUCCCGAAGCUGAUGUUAAAAAUAGAUCCAAUUGCUAUGAGACCUCCGACUCCCGAAAAUCCGUUCGUUAAGAAAAUAACUUUCAAGCCUUUGCCAAAGAAAGUAGACGAAGUUAAAGCUGGAUCAAGUUUAGGAGUUUCCGCUUCAACUUCCAAACCAGUUAAAGAGAAGAUUAAAAAAGUUAAAUCAGACGGCGUCACGAAGAAAAGUUUAAAGAACGAAAAAGCUGUAGAAAAACAUGUGAAAGAAGUUAUUCCAGUUAUUACGCCGACGAUUGUUGGUCCGGAUGGUCAACAAAUUUGGAUAUGUCCUACUUGUGGUAAGCAAGAUGAUGGCACUCCGAUGAUUGGUUGUGAUGAGUGUGAUGCUUGGUACCACUGGAUCUGCAUUGGAAUGCAUGUACCACCGGCGCCAAAUGAAAAUUGGUAUUGUAGUAUAUGUAUUGCCAAAAAAAAUGAAUCUAUUCCUGAUAAAAAGAAGCAGAAAAAAAAAGUUAAAAUUAAUGCGUAGAAAUUUUUUAUAAACAGUAACACUAGUUAAUUUUUUUAUACAAAAUUUGAUUAUUUAAAUUUUCUUUAAGAAGUUAGCCGUUUUGUUUUUGACUAAGAUAUCAAACAUUUAGUAUUAAAAAUUAUAUUAUAUAUAUAUAUAUGUAUAAAUAAUUUGUGGAUAGUUGUUUCGAUUUAUAAUUUAUUAAUUGACAAAAAAAAUAACUUCUAUAGUAUACUUGGAUUAAUUAUGAACUGGUUUGUCUUUUUGCUGUAAAAAAUAUUUUCAGAUUUUUUUUAAUUUUU